AUGGCAUCAAACGGAGCGGCACAGGGCGGCAUGAUCGACCAGAAUGACGUGCAAGACUGGGUCCAUCGCUUCAACGAGGCCCUGGCAGAUUCGACGACUGUCACUGCACCAGCCGCACAAGAUGCCCGCCCGUGGCACUCGUCUUUCUUCGGCUGCUUUGCACCCAUUGAUACUUGCUUCAUCACUUGUUGCGUACCGUGCGUCACCUUUGGCAAAACCCAUCAUCGCAGCCGCAAGCAUGGAAACAUGGAGGGAUACAGCUGCGUCAAUGCUUCUUGCCUCAUGUUCACCGGUUUCUCGUGCUUCGGCCUUCACUUUAUCCCGAUGAUGUUCCAACGCGCAGACAUCCGCAAGAAAUACAACCUCCAGGGCGACUGCAUUGGUGACCUGCUGACGUCGUGCUGCUGUGCGUGCUGCUCGCUCAUCCAGCAGGACAAGGAGGCCGAGUUCCGGGAGAAAGAGUUGGCUGAGAAGGUCAAUGGCACUGGAUACACCAAGCCACAAGACAUGGCGUAUCCUGCCUAG